CCCACCGAUCUGGGAUGUACCUUUCCAUCUGUUGCUGCUUCUUGCUAUGGGCCCCUGCCCUGACGCUCAAAAACCUCAACUACUCCGUGCCCGAGGAGCAAGGGGCCGGCACAGUGAUCGGCAACAUCGGCAAGGAUGCCCGACUGCAGCCCGGGCUAACGCCGGCUGACCGCGGCGGCGGCGGCGGCGGCAGCGGCGGGCGCAGCAAGUCGGGCAGCUACCGGGUGCUGGAGAACUCGGCGCCGCACCUGCUGGACGUGGACGCAGAUAGCGGGCUCCUGUACACCAAGCAGCGCAUCGACCGCGAGUCCCUGUGCCGCCACAACGCCAGGUGCCAGCUGUCUCUCGAGGUGUUCGCCAACGACAAGGAGAUCUGCAUGAUCAAGGUGGAGAUCCAGGACAUCAACGACAAUGCUCCGUCCUUCCCGUCGGACCAGAUCGAGAUGGACAUCUCGGAGAACGCGGCCCCCGGCACCCGCUUCCCGCUCACCAGCGCCCACGACCCGGACGCGGGCGAAAACGGGCUCCGCACCUACCUGCUCACGCGCGACGACCACGGCCUCUUCGCCCUGGACGUCAAGGCCCGCGGCGACGGCACCAAGUUCCCGGAGCUGGUCAUUCAGAAGGCCCUGGACCGCGAGCAGCAGAGCCACCACACGCUGGUGCUGACCGCCCUGGACGGCGGCGAGCCGCCGCGCUCCGCCACCAUGCAGAUCAACGUGAAGGUGAUAGACUCCAACGACAACAGCCCGGUCUUCGAAGCGCCCUCCUACCUGGUGGAACUGCCUGAGAACGCUCCGCUGGGCACCGUGGUCAUCGAUCUGAACGCCACGGACGCCGACGAGGGCCCCAACGGCGAAGUGCUCUACUCUUUCAGCAGCUACGUCCCCGACCGCGUGCGGGAGCUCUUCUCCAUCGACCCCAAGACCGGCCUCAUCCGCGUGAAGGGCAACCUGGACUACGAGGAGAACGGGAUGCUGGAGAUCGACGUGCAGGCCAGAGACCUGGGGCCGAACCCCAUCCCAGCCCACUGCAAAGUCACGGUCAAGCUCCUCGACCGCAACGACAACGCGCCGUCCAUCGGUUUCGUCUCCGUCCGCCAGGGGGCGCUCAGCGAGGCAGCCCCGCCCGGCACGGUCAUCGCCCUGGUGCGGGUCACCGACCGGGACUCGGGCAAGAACGGGCAGCUGCAGUGUCGGGUGCUGGGCGGCGGAGGGACCGGCGGCGGCGGCGGCGGCGGCCUGGGCGGGCCCGGGGGUCCCGUCCCCUUCAAGCUGGAGGAGAACUAUGACAACUUCUACACAGUGGUGACUGACCGCCCGCUGGACCGGGAGACCCAGGACGAGUACAACGUGACCAUCGUGGCUCGGGACGGGGGCUCGCCUCCGCUCAACUCCACCAAGUCGUUCUCGGUCAAGAUCCUGGACGAGAACGACAACCCGCCUCGGUUCACCAAGGGGCUCUACGUGCUGCAGGUGCACGAGAACAACAUUCCCGGGGAAUACCUAGGCUCCGUGCUCGCCCAGGAUCCCGACCUGGGCCAGAACGGUACGGUGUCCUAUUCCAUCCUGCCCUCGCACAUCGGCGACGUGUCCAUCUACACCUACGUGUCCGUCAACCCCACCAACGGGGCCAUCUACGCCCUGCGCUCCUUCAACUACGAGCAGACCAAGGCCUUUGAGUUCAAGGUGCUCGCCAAGGACUCGGGGGCGCCCGCGCACCUGGAAAGCAACGCCACGGUGAGGGUGACCGUGCUGGACGUGAAUGACAACGCGCCCGUGAUCGUGUUGCCCACGCUGCAGAACGACACGGCCGAACUGCAGGUGCCGCGCAACGCCGGCCUGGGCUACCUGGUGAGCACCGUGCGCGCGCUGGACAGCGAUUUUGGCGAGAGCGGGCGCCUCACCUACGAGAUCGUGGACGGCAACGACGACCACCUGUUCGAGAUCGACCCGUCCAGCGGCGAGAUCCGCACGCUGCACCCCUUCUGGGAAGAUGUGACGCCGGUGGUGGAGCUGGUGGUGAAAGUGACGGACCACGGCAAGCCCACCCUGUCCGCAGUGGCCAAGCUCAUCAUCCGCUCGGUGAGCGGCUCCCUGCCCGAGGGGGUGCCCCGGGUGAACGGCGAGCAGCACCACUGGGACAUGUCGCUGCCGCUCAUCGUGACUCUGAGCACCAUCUCCAUCAUCCUCCUAGCGGCCAUGAUCACCAUCGCCGUCAAGUGCAAGCGCGAGAACAAGGAGAUCCGCACUUACAACUGCCGCAUCGCCGAGUACAGCCACCCGCAGCUGGGCGGGGGCAAGGGCAAGAAGAAGAAGAUCAACAAGAACGAUAUCAUGCUGGUGCAGAGCGAGGUGGAGGAGAGGAACGCCAUGAACGUCAUGAACGUGGUGAGCAGCCCCUCCCUGGCCACCUCCCCCAUGUACUUCGACUACCAGACCCGCCUGCCCCUGAGCUCGCCCCGGUCGGAGGUGAUGUACCUCAAACCGGCCUCCAACAACCUGACUGUCCCCCAGGGGCACGCAGGCUGCCACACCAGCUUCACCGGACAAGGGACUAAUGCGAGCGAGACCCCUGCCACUCGGAUGUCCAUAAUUCAGACAGACAAUUUUCCCGCAGAGCCCAAUUACAUGGGCAGCAGGCAGCAGUUUGUUCAAAGUAGCUCCACGUUUAAGGACCCAGAAAGAGCCAGCCUGAGAGACAGUGGGCACGGGGACAGUGAUCAGGCUGACAGUGACCAAGACACUAACAAAGGCUCCUGCUGUGACAUGUCUGUUAGGGAGGCACUCAAGAUGAAAACCACUUCAACUAAAAGCCAGCCACUUGAACAAGCAUUCCCGACUUUGCUUUCCUUUGCUAUCCUCACCCUACACACCAUCACAAGUAGACUUCAGUCUGUUGAUCUGCUUCCUCCAGAACCGGAAGAGUGUGUUAAUUGCACAGACGAAUGCCGAGUGCUUGGUCAUUCUGACAGGUGUUGGAUGCCACAGUUCCCUGCGGCCAACCAGGCUGAAAAUGCAGAUUACCGCACAAAUCUCUUUGUACCCACAGUUGAAGCUAAUGUUGAGACUGAGACUUACGAAACUGUGAAUCCCACUGGGAAAAAGACUUUUUGUACAUUUGGAAAAGACAAGCGAGAGCACACUAUUCUCAUUGCCAAUGUUAAACCUUAUUUAAAAGCCAAACGUGCCCUGAGCCCUCUCCUCCAAGAGGUCCCCUCAGCAUCAAGCAGCCCCACCAAGGCAUGCAUUGAGCCUUGCACCUCAACGAAAGGCUCCCUGGAUGGCUGCGAAGCAAAACCAGGAGCCCUGGCCGAAGCAAGCAGCCAGUACUUGCCCACUGACAGUCAGUAUCUGUCUCCCAGUAAGCAACCAAGAGACCCUCCCUUCAUGGCUUCUGAUCAGAUGGCAAGGGUCUUCGCGGAUGUGCAUUCCCGAGCCAGCCGGGAUUCCAGCGAGAUGGGCGCUGUUCUCGAGCAGUUGGACCAUCCCAACAGGGAUCUGGGCAGAGAGUCGGUGGAUGCAGAGGAAGUUGUGAGAGAAAUUGAUAAGCUUUUGCAAGACUGCCGGGGAAAUGACCCUGUGGCUGUGAGAAAGUGAAAAAAAAAAAAAAAAAAAAAGGCAUUGGCAUUUUCUUGUCUCUUCUGUUUAAAAAUGAUCCCUCCUGGUGACAGCCCAUUUUACAGGGAUUGAAGAAAGACCAAUGCUGCUCUAAGGCUUUUAGUGAACAUCUGAAGUGCCCACAAGUAUGUUCUUUUCACUGCUGUUUCUUUUUCAGAGAUAACAAUGGUUUUGUUUUGACCAAACUUAUAAUAGGACAGAAUUAAUGAUGCUUAAAGAGAGAAGAGGAAAAAAAAAAGAGAGAGAAAGAACAAGGAGAGAACAAGAAGAAUGAGGAGGCGAGUCACCUUUUGACAAUCUGUUAGGAAGGUAUGCAGUGUGAGAAUCGAAGUAUUUCUGAUCACUCUUAAGACUGUCCUCCGUGAUUUAUGCUGACUUAACUGUUUACCUAUAAACCCCAUACAAAGCAGGGUCCGAAUUUGUGAUCUGUGGUGGUGGAUUUCUAGUAGUCAUCACAGGCUUCUACUGAAAGUCCUGAAAAGACCUUGCCGUAGUCCAAGCUACACCAAACAUUAACACAUAUUUGUGGUAAACAUUUCUGUAUAAAGUUACCUGCCACACAUAUAAACACAAAGAACAUUCCAUAUCAUUAGUCAAAAACAAAAACGAACAAAAAAAUUGGUCAUUUGUAAGACGCCUCAUGCCGUAUAAAAGUUAAAUGUAAAAAGAUAUAGUCCAUUUUGUCCUGCACACAUGUAGACUAAUUCACUUCAUUGAAAGAGAAGACAAUUUAAAGAUUUAAGAUGCCUAUAUAGCAUUUUAGUGUCCAACAAAGGUAUAAAUAAUGAUGAGAUGUCUUAAAUUUGACACAGAAAAUUCUGAAAAAUAGUUACCAUUGAGUGGUUUAAUAUGAUUAAUGCAUUUUAUUCAUUUGUGGACACUAAAAUAGCUCAGGAAAGUAAAAAUGUCUUAGACAUACACAAAUCACAUAACCAUUUAAAUGUGCAAAUGUAAGAAGAUUCAAUGUGUUUACAUCAAAUGACAUAUUUUUAUUGAUUUAUUGCAGAUUCCGUGCAUAUGAGCCAAAUUGUUGAGUGUAUAAGAGCUAUAUUGUGUAUUUUAUUAAAUUAAUAUAUAGUUGUGUUGCAAAAAUAUUUGGGCUUAUAUUGUAAAUGGCAAGUGUUGCCUCGGUAGCUGUCGAACUCUAUGAGUUUUGUUUUUUCCUGCUUCCUUUUCCCCAUGGAGUGUGGGAAGCAGUGCCUCAGAGCAAAGUCUCUUGUUUAAUGUAUAGUCUACCAAGUACUACAGUACAUAAUCUGUUCAAAAUGUGUUUGAGUGAGCUGAUGGAGCUAACUGAAAGGUUAAAAAAAAAAUACAUCCAUCAGUCAUGGUUAUGUGCAAGUCCUUGUAGAAGCUUUUAUUAAAGUCAUGCUAAAUCACAUGAAUUACAUUUGUACCAAUACCUGAAACUUCUUCAUGCUUCUUGUUUUUUUCAAUAACAUACAGUUUCUGCCUAUGUAGAUAUCAUACCAUUGCUUGGUUCUCAAAAGUAUCUUAAGUGGUUCAAAUGUGUGCUCUCAUUCUUUCAAAAACAUGAAAAUGCUUUAAUGCAUGUAUGGUACCAGCACUAGUUAUUUGCAUUGUGUGGUGUUUUUCAAGAGGUCUGGGUCUUAACAAAAUGUUUUUUCCUUUAUCACAGCGCUCCUCUGGCUCUUUUUAUUGGUGUCCUUUGAGAACAAUACACCUUCUAUUUCCUUCAUUUGCUUACACCUUGUCUUGUGACAUUUAGCACAUUUCAAACCUACUUCCAUAUGAGGCUAAGAAACCUCAAAUUUCAGGAAUUGGGAAAAAUAAAAUUAGCACUUGCAGAAGUAGUAGCAGAUGGGAAAAUGCCUUGAUUGACAUUUUCCUUCAGCAUUUAAAAGUUUUGGCAUUUUACAGCUUCAUGGCAAACAGUUUCGAGCCCAUACCUUAGAAAAUGUGGUGCUGAGUUAAAUAAAGGCUGUUUGUGCACUGGAGCAGGAAAAUGCAUUAUUUGCAAACUGGUGGAGAAUUCUGUGCCUUCUUUUCUGGCCACCAAGCCAGUGUAGAAACAGCAUAAAUGUCAUAAAAACCUUAUAUUAAAAACAAAAACAAAAGCAAAAACAAACACUGAAUCAAAUUAAGUUUUGUAAUUUUAAACCUCAAAAAAUUCUACUGAAAAUAUUUCCGUCAAAUGCUGUCAAGAUUUUAGACUGUACCUCGUUUGCAAAAUUGCUUUGAGAGGGAAGAGUGGACAACUCCCAUCAGCCUUAUUCUCUUGAGAACUGUAUUUGGUUCCUAGUUACAGCCUUUCCAAAGCUCUACUCUUGGUUUUUACUAUUCGUAAAUGUUUAAAUUAGAAAAGAAGGGAUCUUGUACAUGUGAAACCUAAUUGACUCUCUAUAUUUUGGACAAUUUAUGUAUCUGAAAUGUGUUGUCUCUGUUACAUGAUGUUAUUUUUGCCAGGAGACUACAGGUUGAUUUAGCUUGAUAGCUGAAAUCUGAUGGAAAACUGAUUUCCAUUUAGUUGUACCAAGUGUUGCCUCUCUCUUACUAGACAGAUAACCACUCAGUAAAAUCUAAAGAGGUAUGUACACGAAAUCAAGAAAGAGAGUAGAGUUUAUUGUUAAAGCAUUCUUAACUCCGAGUGACUAGUUGUUCAAUCUACUGUAUGUGUCUGAAGACAUUGAAACAACCUAAGAGUUCAAGAAUUGGUUGUGCCAAGGUGUGAGGGAUUUAUCUUUAGGCUCUCUGUCACCAGUGAUUUACUAGUGUUAGCUGUUUAACACAUUAUCUGUAUUUAGUAGUGAUUAUUUAUUUACAAGUUGGUGAUAAUUCAGCAGUCAGGACUCUAAGCCUUUAUAGUUGAGUUGGAAUCUCGCUUUUUAUUCAUUUGGCUGGCAACUGCCUUUAUCACAGACCUCUGGUGCUUGGCUUCCAAGGAAGCCUAUGAGAUGCCAAAAUCACACCUUUAGGGAGCACCUUCCUCUAAUGGGUGACUCAUGAUCAAAUGGUGAGAUUUGAAGGGGUUUCAGCAUAAUUUAGAAUGUGAAAAAAACUCAAUUCACAUCUUCUAAAAAAUACUAACCCCUCUGGGAAAAAAAAUCCCAAUACAUUCAAAGGGAAUAAUUUGAUACUACUUUGUCUUUUAGGUCCUUAUAUAACUGAAGACAAGCACAGAAAAUAAUCAGUUUCUGGUAAUUUUAGUAAGAAAUCUGAAGUUCUAAGAAUUGCUUGCUGAUGAACUAAAAAUGAAAAAAGAAUCAUUAACAAAAUCUUUUCAUUAAACAUUGGUGAUGAAAAAGCUUUUUAAUCAAAGUUAAAAGUAGUGAGAAUCAGUGUUAGUUAUAUCUAUACCAAAGUAAACAUUAAAGAGACAUAUCAUGCGAUUUCAAUUAAUGCUUUCAUGUUGUUACUUAACCUGACAUCCUUAUCCUUAUUGCAGGCAAUGUACAAAAAUUGGCCCACUUCUCCAUAAAUUAAACGAAUUUCUAGUUGGAAAAUUGACUUGUUUUCUUUUCCAAAAUUAGCUGAGAUCUUGUAAAACAUAAUUUCCCUCUAAAGGAUCUAGACAUAACUCAAUUUAAAAAUGGCAUCCUAAAAGCAAGUCAAGUAGUAAUAGAGCAGUAUGCUUUAUUAGAACCAGGUUAAAAGCUGUAUGCUGUCUAACGGAGAAGUUGUUGAAGUCAAUAAAUAGACUGAGGUCUGGCAUAGGAUAUGCCCACUCGUUAUUGGCUAAUUAUAUUCUUUUGACAACAGACAGCAUUGAUUCGAAUGGGAGUUUUGGCUAUCAAGAUGUGUUGAUUGGAAAUAUAACUGAAUGAAACCUGCUUAUAGUCUGACAUUCCUGGCCCCAGUGUUUUGCAGGUUAGCUAUUCCCAUGUACCAGCCCCAUCGCUCCAUAAUGUUCCUAGCUGCACCAAGUGAUUGGUGAACAAGGACAACAACAACAAAAGCAGCAUACAUUGUAUGGAUUUAUCUCAACGCUAUUGUUUAAUGGCUGUGUUUAAUGUGACCUAUCUGGAAAAUGAGGACUCCGAAUAAAAAGCUAUUACUAAUA